UGAAACUCAUGGUCAGGCAGUAUAUUACGUAAUCAAUUGAGCUUUUGUGAACACAGACCGUUGUUAAAAGGAAGCACAAAGUGACUAUCAGAUGAAGAGGAAGUAAAUAAUAGAGUAACGCUUUUCGUGUCAGACAAAAAGAGUUAAGUUUUUAUGUUUCAAAAUUUUGUCAAGGCGAGAAAUUAUUUAUAUAUUUCUAAUUUCCUUACUUAGAUACAAGAAAUACCUGAAAAUAGAAAAUUACAGCCAUGACUGAGUCUAUUCCAAUUAAACUUUCGUAUAAAGUAUUCAAGCCGGCCGGUGGAAAAGGCAAAAACUUAUCUCCUAUCAUAUUCAUUCAUGGGUUAAGCGGCUCUAAGGAGAAUUGGAUUGAUAUUGCACAACUUAUUGCAGAUGGGUCUCAAAGAACGGCUUAUGCAUAUGAUGCAAGAAAUCAUGGGGAUAGUCAAUUUACAGAAUCUUUUAAUUUCGAUCUUAAUGUAGAGGAUUUGUUCCAAUUUAUGGAUACCAUCGAUGUUCCGAAAGCUGUCUUAGUUGGACACAGCAUGGGUGGAAUAACGGCAAUCAGAGCAGCUUUAAAAAAUCCUGAAAGAGUGGAAAUGGUUUUCAUAGAAGAUAUGUUCACAAAGAAAUUACCGGCGGAAAUUCUUAAAUUUGUUAGUGAUUUUUUAAAGUUAUGGCUGGUAAGCGUUUCUGAAAUACCCAACGACCUGGAUCCAGACGAUGCAGUCAAGCAUGCACUAGAAGACUUAUACAGUAAAAUUCCGCCAGAUGCUCCAGAUGUUACAGAGAAGGAAAAAUUAUUCAAUUCUGGAAUCCAACUCAAGCGAAGCAGUGAUGGUAGUUAUGACGUGAAGUUUAACAAAGAUGUUAUAAUACCAAUUUUAACGAAGAUAGAUGAAAUCAUGACUGAACCCGUUGGUCAGUUUGAUGGACCAGCAUACUUCAUAUAUGGAGCACUUUCGCCCUUUUUUGUAGGUAAAGAGGAAGCUCAUAUUAAGAAACAUUUUCCGAAUGCUGAAUUAAUUGAAUUCGAAGGUGCUACACACAAUGUGCACUUUGAAUUUCCAGAAAAACUAAUAGAAACUGUGCUUCAACGACUAAAGAUAAACUGAAAACUUUUAAAAUAUGUAAAGCAUUGCUCCAUAACUAAAUAAACUAUUUAUACAUU